AUGACGUCGCCGCGUCCGCAGGAGGUCAGCCUCGCGCGGCUCCUGCGCGUCUACGAGACGAAGGCGGCGGCCGCGGACGCGGCGGCGGCGGCGGCGGCGGCGGACCCCGACGCGGACCCCGACGACGACGCGUGGAGGCGCGGCCCGAAGCCGACGCAGCACCUCGAGGCGAUGCGCGCGCUCCUCGCCGAGGUGACGAGCGCGGACGCGAGCGCGGGCGCGGCGUACGCGAAGCGCGUCGACGCGAUCGCCGCGCGCGUGAUCCCGCACGCGCCCCCGGCGUACUGCGCGAUGACGAGCGCGGCGGGCGCGGCGAGCGCCGCGAGCGCCGUCGUCGCCUCGGGGCCCGCGCCGUGGAGACGGAAGCCGCGCGACGCGCCGCCCGCGACCGCGACCGCGACCGCGACUGCGCCGCGGCGGCGAAGAGGCGACGACGUCGGCGUCGCGUCGAGGAGGGGGAAGGGGUGGUCCGACCGCGACCGCGACCGCGGCGGGUUCGCGGUCGAGCUCGGCGAGGACGGCGCGAAGGCGCUCGCGAGGCAUCGCGAUCUUCAGGAAGGCUUGACGGAUGAGCUCGCGUCUCUCGCGGGGGGCGUCAAAGCCAACGCGCUCGCGAUGGAGGCGUCGCUCCGCGCGUCGCGCUCGGAGCUCGACGCCGCGGAGGAUCAGCUCUCUCGGAACCUCCACGGCGUGAAGCGCGAGGUGGGGAGGCAGAGCGCGGCGUACGCGCGAGGACGAGGGACGGGAUGUUGGACCUGGCUCGUGUUGCUUUUGGUGGGCGCGUUAUUCACCUGGAUGGUCGUGUUCACGCGGUUCACGCACGACCGCACGCGGGUGAAAAUAGCGUGA